GAGAGAAAAAAAAAUAAAAAAAAUAGGAUUUUAUUUUUUAAUUUUAUUACAUGAAAAUUAAAUAUUAAAUAAAAAUUCUUUAUUGUGUACAUACAAUAACACCCAGAGAUUUAUUAACCAUCUAAGUUUAACUUAUAAGUACAUAGUAAAUGAUAAGUUAAAAAUGCUCCAUCGAAACAUUCGGUAUAAUCUAGUCAAUAACUUCAUGAAAUCUUUUCAAGCAGGAUAUGUCACAAAACCACCAAAACCUGAAAUUCCAAGUAAUCCUUUAAAGAAAGUGUAUGCAGCUAAUGAGCAAUUGGAUAAUGGAAUCGUUUAUGACAGGAAACCUUUCAAAUUGACUCUGGAGGAAGGCAAGACCUACGCCUGGUGUCUGUGCGGUAGAUCCAAGUCACAGCCACUUUGCGAUGGCACACAUAAAGAUGUGUUUCUAAAGAUUACACAAAGACCUAUUAUAUUCAAAGUGGAGAAAACGAAGGACUAUUGGCUUUGUAACUGCAAGCAGACAAAGAACAGACCUUUUUGUGACGGAACACACAAGAGCAAGGAAGUGAUGGAAGCCACAACUAUUAGAGUUUAGAAUGUUAAAACUGUAUUAUCUACUGUAGAUAGGAUCCUUUAGCUUAUAAAAUAUUAUUUGUUAAUAAUAAUUAUUAAAAUAAAUGGUAGCAUUCUGUUAAAA